GCUGAGUAAUUUGGGGGAACGAAACGAAACCCGGACAUGAAUUGGGUGAAACAAAAGGGAAUAAGGAAAACCCACAAAAAUUCACCAUGAAAGCUCGUUGCUUAAGCUUCUAUAUCAUCAUUAUCUCACUGUCCCUGUUCAUUCCAGUCAACACUGCAAAAGGGGUAAACACCACCACUGCAACUGCAAAUGAAUCUGACAAUAGAAGAAUUCUUCACGAACCAUUGUUUCCGGCGAGUUCUGCUCCACCGCCAGCAGGCACGGAGUCACAACCUUCGCCGCCUCCGCCGCCGCCUCUGGAGACUCCGCCAUCUCCGGACACCGACAUUCCUUUCUUCCACGAGUAUCCGGCGGGGCCACCCCAAGAUCAGAACCAAGCAGCACCUUCAACUUCAAACAGCACAAUAGCGAACCCAACGGCGACGCAGCCAGCGAAGGGGACAAAGAAGGUUGCAAUUGCGAUCUCCGUUGGGAUUGUGACGCUUGGGAUGCUAUCGGGACUCGCUUUCUUCUUGUACAAGCACAGGGCAAAACACCCCGUUGAGACCCAGAAACUCAUGGGUGGGAAUCCACAGAGAAACUCUGAGGAUUCAACGGCGCCACCGUCGAGCUUCCUCUACAUUGGGACCGUUGAACCAAUGCGAACGACAUCAGUGACAGUGAAUGAGCAAAGAGAACCCAAUGGAGGGGCAAAAGGGUCACCUUAUCACAAACUCAAUUCCAUUAAGCUAUCAGAUCGGUACCGUCCAAGUCCUGAGUUGCAACCAUUGCCUCCUCUGAGGAAACUACCCGACGGUAACUUCCCGCCGGCGGUGUCGUCGUCGUCCUCCUCUUCCGACGAGGAAAGCCACGAGACCGCGUUUCACUCGCCGCAGAACUCCUCGCUCAGUCACGAGGAUGGGUUUUACACGCCGGUUUCGCGUCAGAGUUCUCUUGUUAACGGUAGCCCCGCCGCGGCACCGGCCCGGAGAGAGACUCAUUCCACUCCUCCGGUUCCGUUCUCGAAGAGGACUUCGCCAAAGUCUCGGCUUUCGACUUCCUCGCCGGAUAUAAGACACGUCAUCAUGCCAUCUAUAAAGCCGGCUCCGGCGCCGCCGCCUCCGCCGUCGAGAAAACCAAAGUUCUCAGCGCCUCCCCCAGCUCCGAAUUUGACUCAUCUUCAGUCAACGACCAACACAGCGUUACCCGUAUCCAGGACUUCACUUAAUCCCCCUCCUUCUGCUCCUCCUCCACCGCCGCCGCCGCCACCACCUCCUCCACAGCCACGAAAAACACCAGUAAAAUCAGGGUCACCGGCGGUUAGCGUUUCCUCUUCUUCUGCAUCUAUAAAGCACCAGUCUUGGUGUCCAAGUGAAGGAGCUGGUUCUGGUGGAAGUGUAACAAAAGCUUCAGAGAAUGUUGAUAAAAUUGUGAGGUCUUCUGAGAGUGUAGAAGCCAAUGACAUGGAUGGGGCGAAACCCAAGUUAAAAGCUUUGCAUUGGGAUAAAGUCCGUGCGACCUCAGACCGAGCUACAGUGUGGGACCAGUUAAAAUCAAGCUCCUUUCAAUUAAAUGAGGACAUGAUGGAGUCCCUUUUUGGUUGCAAAGCCACGAAUUCUGCCCCUAAAGAACCUCCUAGAAAAUCAGUUGUUCCCUCCACUGAUCAGGAGAAUAGGGUGUUAGACCCCAAGAAGUCCCAAAACAUAGCUAUACUACUGAGGGCACUGAAUGUGACAAGAGAUGAGGUGUCCGAAGCUCUUUUAGAUGGGAAUCCUGAAGGUUUGGGUGCUGAGCUAUUGGAAACCUUAGUAAAGAUGGCUCCUACUAAAGAGGAAGAGAUAAAACUUAAAAACUUUGAUGGUGACCUCUCAAAACUUGGAUCUGCAGAAAGAUUUCUUAAAGCUGUGCUUGAUAUCCCUUUUGCCUUCAAAAGAGUGGAAGCUAUGCUGUACAGAGCCAACUUUGAUGCAGAAGUUAAUUACCUUAGGAAGUCUUUUCAAGCCCUGGAGGCAGCAAGUGAGGAAUUAAGGAACAGCAGGCUAUUCCUCAAACUCCUCGAAGCUGUUCUCCAGACAGGAAACAGAAUGAAUGUUGGCACUAAUCGAGGUGAUGCUAAAGCUUUCAAACUGGACACACUCCUAAAACUUGUAGAUAUAAAGGGAAAAGAUGGAAAGACCACAUUACUCCACUUUGUGGUUCAAGAGAUCAUUAGAUCAGAAGGUGCAGGAGCUGAAUCUGCACAUGAGAAUGCUCAGAACAAAACGGAUUCCAAAUUUAAUGAGGAUGAAUUUAAGAAGCAAGGAUUGCAUGUUGUGGCUGGGCUCGGUAGGGACCUUAAUAAUGUAAAAAAAGCAGCAGGAAUGGACUCAGAUGUCUUAAGCAGCUAUGUUUCAAAGCUUGAAACGGGGCUUGAUAAAGUUCUAUUGGUUUUGCAAUAUGAGAAGCCAGAUAUGCAAGGCAAUUUCUUUAAAUCAACAAAGCUAUUUUUGAAAUAUGCUGAAGAUGAAAUUACAAGGAUUAAGGCCGAGGAGAAAAAGGCCUUAUUCCUUGUGAAAGAAGCUACGGAAUACUUUCAUGGGGAUGCAGCAAAGGAAGAAGCCCACCCUUUCAGAAUUUUCAUGAUUGUAAGAGACUUUCUGAAUAUUUUGGAUCUAGUGUGCAAAGAAGUGGGCAGGAUGCAUGAUAGAAUUGUUGGUGGCUCUGGAAGAUCCUUCAGAAUAGCUGCAAAUGCAUCAUUACCUGUUCUCAACAGGUACAAUGCAAGACAAGAUAGAAGCUCAGAUGAGGAAAGUUCAUCCCCCUAGUAUUGUGAAUACAAAAAAAAAAACCGAAAGUCUCUCAGAAUAACAGUGAAAGUAAAUGAAUAUUUUUGCAAAUUUAAGUUGAUCGCCAGCAUUUUGGUAUUAGAUUCAUUGGGCUUAAUCCCAUUCCACUAGUAAUAUUGAAGAAGGACAGCAUUCCAUGAGAUUGAACAUCAAAACAUUUUAAAUGCAUGUUGAGGGAAAGAAAGUGGAUGCGCUAUUGAAAGGAUUUCCUGGUUUACAGAAAUGGGCUGCAAAGAUUCAUGCCAUCUUCAUUCAACUUCAUAUGAAGAAUAAAUGAAUUUUGAAAUAGGAGUUGCAAGAGAUGCAUCAUUUUGUUUCUUCAACACAUGCUACAGGGAAAAUAGGUUUUAUUAGAUCAGAGCUCCACGGAUUUUCAUAUAGUAGAAUG